CGGGCUGAGCUGCGCCGCGGAGGGGCCAGGCCGAGCUGGAGGGCGCCGGGGAGCGGAGCGCGGGCGGCCCCCGCGGCCCGGGCGAGCGGGCUGCUGGGGGGCCCGCGGCGGCGCCGGCGGAGCGCGGCGGGAAUGGGGCGCCGGGCCGGGCGGGGGCCGGGCCCUCCGCGAUGUUCGCCGGGCUGCAGGACCUGGGCGUGGCCAAUGGCGAGGACCUGAAGGAGACGCUGACCAACUGCACCGAACCGCUGAAGGCCAUCGAGCAGUUUCAGACAGAGAACGGCGUGCUGCUGCCGUCCCUGCAGUCGGCCUUGCCCUUCUUGGACCUGCACGGGACCCCUCGGUUGGAGUUCCACCAGUCCGUGUUUGACGAGCUGCGGGACAAGCUGCUGGAGCGCGUGUCAGCCAUCGCCUCGGAGGGGAAGGCCGAGGAAAGGUACAAGAAACUGGAAGACCUUCUGGAGAAGAGUUUCUCCUUGGUGAAGAUGCCGUCUCUGCAGCCAGUGGUGAUGUGCGUCAUGAAGCACUUGCCCAAGGUCCCUGAGAAGAAGCUGAAGCUGGUCAUGGCGGACAAGGAGCUGUACCGGGCUUGUGCUGUGGAGGUGAAGCGGCAGAUCUGGCAGGACAACCAGGCGCUCUUUGGCGACGAGGUGUCCCCACUGCUGAAGCAGUACAUCCUGGAGAAGGAGAGCGCGCUUUUCAGCUCGGAGCUCUCCGUCCUGCACAACUUCUUCAGUCCCUCCCCCAGGACGAGGCGCCAGGGCGAGGUGGUGCAGAAGCUGACCCAGAUGGUGGGGAAGAACGUGAAGCUGUACGACAUGGUGCUGCAGUUCCUGCGGACCCUCUUCCUGCGGACACGGAACGUGCAUUAUUGCACACUGAGGGCAGAGCUGCUCAUGUCCCUGCACGACCUGGACGUGGGCGACAUCUGCUCCGUGGACCCCUGCCAUAAGUUCACCUGGUGCCUGGACGCCUGCAUCCGCGAGCGCUUCGUGGACAGCAAGAGGGCCCGGGAGCUGCAGGGCUUCCUGGACGGAGUGAGGAAGGGCCAGGAGCAAGUCCUGGGGGAUCUGUCCAUGAUCCUGUGCGACCCCUUCGCCAUCAACACUCUGUCGCUGAGCACUGUCAGGCACCUGCAGGAGCUGGUCGGCCAGGAGACGCUGCCCAGGGACAGCCCUGACCUCCUCCUGCUGCUUAGGCUGCUGGCACUGGGCCAGGGCGCAUGGGACAUGAUCGACAGCCAGGUCUUCAAGGAGCCCAAGAUGGAGGUGGAGCUCAUCACCAAGUUCCUGCCGACCCUCAUGUCCUUUGUGGUGGACGACUAUGCCUUCAACGUGGACCAGAAGCUCCCUGCCGAGGAGAGGGCUCCGGCCACCUACCCAAACACGCUUCCGGAGGGUUUUACCAGGUACCUGCAGGAGCAGCGCAUGGCUUGCGAGGUCGGGCUGUACUACGUGCUGCACAUCACCAAACAGAGGAACAAGAAUGCGCUUCUCCGCCUGCUGCCCGGGCUGGUGGAGACCUUCAGCGACCUGGCCUUCAGCGACAUCUUCCUCCACCUGUUCAUGGGGAACCUGGUGCUGCUGGCUGAGGAGUUUGCCCUAGAGGACUUCUGCAGCAGCCUGUUCGAGGGCUUUCUGCUCACCGCCGCCCCGAGGAAGGAGAAUGUGCAGAGGCACCUGCUUCGGCUCCUCCUGCACCUGCACCACCGAGUGGCGCCCUCCAGGCUGCAGGCCCUGCAGAAGGCGCUGGAGCCCACCAGCCAGAGCGGAGAGGUGGUGAAGGAGCUUUACUCCCAGCUCAGCGAGAAGCUGGAGCAACUGGACUACCGGAAGCCCAGCCCGGCCCCCGCUGCUGAGACCCCGGCCCUAGAGCUGCCCCUCCCCACCGUGCCCGCCCCAGCCGGGCUCUGAUGCCUUCCCUGGGGCCACUGGGGACUGGGCAGGGCCCCUGCGGCACAGCCCUGGUUGGUCAGAAGAGGCUCUCUGGACCUGAGGUUGCGGGCCGUGUCUCCUGGAGGCAGGGUGGUGUUUAUGGGGGUGGGGGGUGGGCACAGUUGGGACCCUGGGGUCAUGCCACGGGCAGGGUGCCCUCCCCUACACCUCAGCCCCACCCUGACCUGGGUCCUGAGUGUUGUGUGCCCAUGAAUAGGACCCAUGUCCCUGCCCCUGGCUUGAGCCCUGCCCACCUGGCCCUUCACUGCCUCCCCGUGGGUAGCUCCCCGCCCACGUGGGUGUGCUCUGCCGUAGGGGACAGCAGGCAGCAAAGGGGGAGGAGAAUGCCACCUGCUUUCCAAGGGAAGUGGGCGGCUGGCAGGGGACAGAUCCUAACUGGCUGAGUCGGCCUGGCCCCUCUGAGGACCUGUGUGUUUGACAGUGGACAGUCCGCUGCACCAGGACCUGAAGGCAGGGGGCGCUCCUGCCCUGGCCAGCGGCCCCCUGUGGAGCAGGCCUGGCUGAGGCCAGGCCAGGCCCUGCCCCGCCUCCGUUUACCUGGGGUGGAGUGCCCCUUGCUGAGCUGCACUGUCAGCUGUUGUAUACGGGGGCUCUUGUAAAUAAAACACAUUUUGGUAAAUCCA